CGCAGAGGCGGGGCCCCUGGAGCCUGUGAUUUGUCAGGGAAAUCUCAGCCACCUGCUCCCCUCAUGCAAAUGACCCAAACCCCUGGCAGCUGCUCCUUAGGCCUCCAAGUCUAAGCCCUAUCUUCCCUCUCUGAGCUUUGCUGAGACUUAGGGCUGCCUGCUUUCUCUCUGACUCCUGCUUUUACAGCCUCGAGAGGGCAAGGAGGGGGCCAGACCCCAGCCUGGGAGCAGGGUGCGGGGCUCCCCUCCACUUGAAAUCCGUUGCCCACCCACAACAGGGGCAGACCUGUCCAUCCUUCUCUGUGGGUCCCCUGUACCUUUCUCCCCCCACGGGAUCAGACCCAGAGGCAGCUGGUUGGGGUUUGUCAAGAAGAAGGAUUAUCCAGAUCAAUCCUUUCUAAUCUCAGCUCCUGCCUCUACCCUCCCGCACUCACCAAACCCUCUUCCCCACCACCUGAGCUAAGGGGCACAGUUUGAGGUACUGACAAUGGGGCCAUCUAUCACCCUUAUAUCCCGCCUCCUGGCCUGGUUGCUAAGUGGUCCUGACUGCCAAGAUCAUCACCAUGGAUGGGGGCCGCGACCAGGGGGGCCACUGGAGCUGUAGUUGCCUCUGCUCCUUUGCACCCCUCCCAAACCCCAACCCUUAAUCCUCACAGCUUUGCUCUAAUGCCAUGGGGCCUGAUGCUCUCAUCUCUGCCUGCAGAGACUGACCAGGGAAGCACCCCUUCACCCGCUCCUCUCUCAGGGCUUGUGGUGGGGGCCGCUCCUCUCUAUGGCCCCACACUCCUGCCCCCAACCCUCCUCCAGGCUGGGCCCAAGUCUCUCUGGAAUCCAUACACCUCCCUCCCUCCCUGUCCUCUUUCCCCCACCCCUGCCAGCUGAUUUCAUUUGCCUGACGUCGUGGUUGGCUCUACCGUUCCCUGUCAGGCCCCCCCAACCCCCCGCCGGUCGGGGCCAGGCCACUCUCUGGCAGCAGAGCCUGGGCAGGUGACGGGAGGGCGCAGGCGUCACAGCUGAGGGAGUAAGGAGACUCCCAGGAACCGGAGCUGGAAACCCGGCCGAGGUCCAGCCAGAGCCCAAGAGCCAGAGCUACCCUUCGACCUGUCUGCCAUGGGGGAGAUGGAGCAACUGCGCCAGGAAGCGGAGCAGCUCAAGAAGCAGAUUGCAGAUGCCAGGAAAGCCUGUGCUGACGUUACUCUGGCAGAGCUGGUGUCUGGCCUAGAGGUGGUGGGACGAGUCCAGAUGCGGACACGGAGGACGUUAAGGGGGCACCUGGCCAAGAUCUAUGCCAUGCACUGGGCCACUGAUUCUAAGCUGCUGGUAAGUGCCUCGCAAGAUGGGAAGCUGAUCGUGUGGGACAGCUACACCACCAACAAGGUGCACGCCAUCCCACUGCGCUCCUCCUGGGUCAUGACCUGUGCCUAUGCCCCAUCAGGGAACUUUGUGGCAUGUGGGGGGCUGGACAACAUGUGUUCCAUUUACAACCUCAAAUCCCGUGAGGGCAAUGUCAAGGUCAGCCGGGAGCUUUCUGCUCACACAGGUUAUCUCUCCUGCUGCCGCUUCCUGGAUGACAACAAUAUUGUGACCAGCUCGGGGGACACCACGUGUGCCUUGUGGGACAUUGAGACUGGGCAGCAGAAGACUGUGUUUGUGGGGCACACGGGUGACUGCAUGAGCCUGGCUGUGUCUCCUGACUUCAAUCUCUUCAUUUCGGGGGCCUGCGAUGCCAGCGCCAAGCUCUGGGAUGUGCGAGAGGGGACCUGCCGUCAGACAUUCACUGGCCAUGAGUCGGACAUCAACGCCAUCUGUUUCUUCCCCAAUGGAGAGGCCAUCUGCACGGGCUCGGAUGAUGCUUCCUGCCGCUUGUUUGACCUGCGGGCAGACCAGGAGCUGAUCUGCUUCUCCCACGAGAGCAUCAUCUGCGGCAUCACGUCCGUGGCCUUCUCCCUCAGUGGCCGCCUGCUAUUCGCUGGCUACGACGACUUCAACUGCAAUGUCUGGGACUCCAUGAAGUCUGAGCGUGUGGGUAAGGGCCAGCCCUGGCUGCUGCUUCCUCAGCUGGAAGGACCCUCCCCAGCCUUCCCUCCCCAUUCUCUAGCCCCCUUCAGCUCUCAUUUCAGACUCUCUUACUGCUGUCCCUUGUCACUGGGUGACUCCACCCACGGAAUCCAGUACCCCUUGGUUCCCAACUAGGACUGUCUUCCCUCAGUGUUGCUCUAAGCAGCCUCUCUCCACUGCCCAAUGCCAUGGCUGCUCCCUGCCCUAGGAGAUCCGUGGACCAUGACUGUCCGGUCAGUUCUGGGUUCCUGGCAUUUCAGGGACACCCACUGAGAGGCAAGACAGCCUCAGGGAAACAUGGAAUCAAGGCAGAAUCAAGGAGAUCUGGAGUGGCCCGAGGGCCCUGACUGCAGCCUAGGGCUCAUCUAAGACUAGCCUGAAGUUAGUCAGAUAGGAUGGCUUCUUCUCUAUCAAGAGGCCAGGUGCUGAUGAAAAUAACACUGGCCGGGGCAGAAUCCAAAUCCUAAUUCUGUUGCUCACUUUCUGAGUGACCUUGCACAAGUCACUCCUCCAUGGGCCUCAGUUUCUUCAUCUGGAAACAAAGAAAUAGGAUAAGCGGUUGCCUUCUGUUUUCCAGCACCUGUCAAGGUGCCCUCGCUUUUUUUCAUAGUACACAGAUGCUUCCAGCCUUUCUCUGUCUGAUCCCAGCCCUCCCCCAACCAAAGCUCUUGACAGAGAACCCCCUGCCCUAUGGCUAAUCCUCUUUCAGUCUCUUAGCCUUCUUCAGGGGUUGAGCCCAGCCUACCAAGUCUAGGAUCCCUGCAUGCAUGUGCUCAAGCACACAUGCACACACACACACGUACACACACCCACACAUGCACACACACGCACACAUGCACACAUACCCCCCACACCCACACCCACACCCAUGCACGCAUACACUUGCAUGCAUGCACACACUGCUUUCCAAAUCAGCUUGGAGAGACAGGCUGACUCCUUUCCUUCUUCCUCAGGCAUCCUCUCUGGCCACGAUAACAGGGUCAGCUGCCUGGGAGUCACAGCUGAUGGGAUGGCUGUGGCCACAGGUUCCUGGGACAGCUUCCUCAAAAUCUGGAACUGAGGAGGCUGGAGAAAGGGAAGUGGAAGGCAAUGAAGACACUCAGCAGCCCCCUCCCCGACCCCAUCUCAUUCAGGUGUUCUCUUCUAUAUUCCAGGUGCCAUUCCCACUAAGCUUUCUCCUUAGAGGGCAGUGGGGAGCAUGGGGACUGUGCCUUUGGGAGGCAGCAUCAGGGACACAGGGGCAAAGAACUGCCCCAUCUCCUCCCAUGGCCUUCCCUCCCCACAGUCCUCACAGCCUCUCCCUUAAUGAGCAAGGACAACUGGCCCCUCCCCAGCCCUUUGCAGGCCCAGCAGACUUCAGUCUGAGGCCCCAGGCCCUAGGAUUCCUCCCCCAGAGCCACUACCUUUGUCCAGACCUGGGUGGUAUAGGGCGUUUGGCCCUGUGACUAUGGCUCUGGCACCACUAGGGUCCUGGCCGUCUUCUUAUUCAUGCUUUCUCCUUUUUCUACCUUUUUUUCUCUCCUAAGACACCUGCAAUAAAUUGUAGCACCCUGGU